CAGCAUAAGAGACAUGAGCUAACUUUUCACCCGGAAACACUGGCCCGGUCCACGGCGUCAUAUGGUGACCCAAAAUGGCGGAGUCGCGGUCAGAGUUGGAUGUCUUGGUACAACGAGUAGUUAAAGACAUUAGUAAUGCAUUGAAGAGGAACCCCAACAUUGAUGAGAUUGGUGUGAUUCCAUGUCCAGAGGGACGUUACAACCGCAGCCCCAUCGUGGUGUUGGAGAACAAGCUGGGUGUUGAGAGCUGGUGUCUCAAGUUUCUGCUGCCCUAUGUACACAACAAGUUGUUACUCUACCGCCAGCAGAAACAUUGGCUGGAUAAGGAAGCUUUAGUGGAAAUCACAUCCACCCUCUUGCUGCUUAAUCCGGACUUCACAACUGCUUGGAAUGUCAGGAAGGAGUUAAUUCAGCGUGGAGUUCUUACUGCGGAAAUGGACCUCUACUUGGGCAAGUUGGCACUCACCAAAUUCCCCAAGAGCCCGGAGACGUGGAUACAUCGACGCUGGGUGCUGCAGCAAAUCCUGAGAGGCCCCUCAGAUGUGGAUUGUGAUGGAAAGAAGCAACCGGGUGAAGCAGAGCAGGCAGAUUUAAAAAGGAGUCAGAAGUUCAAUUACCAUCUUGCUCCAAUGCUCCACAAAGAGCUAAAUGUCUGCUCUGAUGCUGCAUGUCGUUAUCCCAGCAACUACAAUGCAUGGUCCCACCGCAUCUGGAUUCUGCAACACAUGGCCAAAGGCAAUGUUAAGGUUUUCCAGGAUGAGCUGUCCACAAUGCGUCAAUGGGUGUUAAUGCAUGUAACGGACCAUAGUGGCUUUCACUACCGCCAAUUCCUGCUCAAGGAGCUCAUCGAAGAUUUUUCUCAGCCCCCAGCUCCCAGCAUAUACUGCUCACCCCAACAACAGUCCAUGCCUAGAAGCCGCUUCUUAUCUUCCAUCAAUCCCCUGGCCAAUGGCAAGCAGUUAGAAAUCAAUACAGUGGAUCAAGAUGAGAGGGAGCUUGAACUGUUUGAGCUCUUUCACCAGGAGAUAGAACUGUGCUCAGACCUGAUCCGGUCUUUUCCUGGACAUGAGACCCUGUGGAGUCACAGGGAUCCAAUCAUCCAUUCAUCUUUGCCCACUUAUUUGGAGUCAGGUUGCGGGGACAGCAGUUUCAACAGGGAAGCCCAAACUCCUUCUCCCCAGGCGCCCAAGGCGUUCCCAGGCCAGCCGGGAGACGUAGUCACUCCAGCGUGUCCCCGGGGCCUCCUUCCGGUGGGACAUGCCUGAAUCGCCUCACCAGAGAGGCAUGCAGGAGGCAUCCUAAUACCCGAGACACCUCAUCUGGCUCCUCUCAACGCAGAAGAGCAGCAGCUUAACUCUGAGUUCGUCCCGUAUGACCUAGCUUCUCACCCUAUCGCUAUGAGAAAGCCGGGACACUCAGUGAAUGUCUCCGGAUUCUUAUUCUUUCAAUCACAACACAUACUAGCUUGCGACCAUAGGUGAUGAUAGUAGGGGUGUAACGAUACAUCGAUACACAUCGAUUAAUCGAUAUAAUGCUCUACGAUUUAUUGGCAUCGAUGCUAAACGUAAACAUCGAUUUAUAUCGCCGUGUUUGACCCCGGACAUUAGACGCGACUUUAUUUUGAAAUCCAGUUCAUUGUUGCUUGCUUCCUCUUUCUGGGAGCAGUGCGCCCGGCGUUGUUGUGUUGUGAGCAGAGCACGCUGGUGAAAGGGGAGGCGACAACUAGUACGCGGCUCCUGGGCUGGUGCUAUGGCUAGUGUCCAAAAAGACGAGGACAUUUGCUCCCCUUUAGGC